GGAAUUGCUUGCCGGUUGCUCAGAGCGGCUGGUCACAUGAGCCUGGAUUUUCAGUUCAGUUCAUUAGUCAGCCAUUUUGGUCAACACCCUGCUUACUGCGCACAACCAAUCCUGUUAGAGGAGCUCAGCAUCCCGGCUCAUCCGAGCAGAUCCUCUAGUGAUUUCUGCUGGUCAAAAAAUUUUAAGAUAAAUUGAAAAAUAGCUUGAUUUUUUUUUUCACUUAUAUAUUUUUGUUUUGUAUUUUUUUUCUGCACAAAGAAGGAGGAUUUUUUUUUUUCACUUAUUCAUGCUGAGACCAAUUUUUGAAAGCCAGCUAAGGCAGCAUUGGGCGUAUAGGAUUUAAGCCUAUAGAUAGCCCGGCUGGAAUAAAGGAAGAUAAAAGGAGAGCACGCUGGUAGAAGACUGCACCGUCUAAUCUUGCUAACCUUUAGGAAUUGCCGUUAAGAAAAGAGAGUAUAGAAUUGUUUGUUUUGAGCAGUUUGUUCUACAAGGUAUUUUUUGUUGUUUUUCUUUGUUUUUUUUUUUUUUUCCUUUUUCUUUUUUAAUAUCUCCCAUCCCGUUUUCUAAAAGCUUUAUUUAAAAGCUUGGGAUUUGGAAUUUUUUUUUUGGUGCAGAGGUCUUAUUUAUUUGUGUGUGUGUGUGUGUGUGUGUGUGUGUGUGUGUGUGUUGUGGUCGAAGCUGACUCAUCAUGUCUGCCCUGACGCCUCCGACUGAUAUGCCAACCCCCACCACUGACAAGAUCACACAGGCUGCCAUGGAGACCAUCUACCUUUGCAAAUUUCGAGUGUCUAUGGAUGGAGAAUGGCUCUGCCUUCGAGAGCUGGAUGACAUCUCCCUUACACCCGACCCAGAGCCUACCCAUGAAGAUCCUAAUUAUCUCAUGGCUAACGAACGCAUGAACCUGAUGAACAUGGCAAAGCUGAGCAUCAAGGGCUUGAUCGAAUCGGCUCUGAACCUGGGGCGGACCCUGGACUCUGACUACGCACCUCUCCAGCAGUUCUUCGUGGUGAUGGAGCACUGCCUGAAACACGGCUUGAAAGCCAAGAAAACUUUUCUUGGACAAAAUAAAUCCUUCUGGGGGCCUCUAGAGCUGGUGGAGAAGCUUGUUCCGGAAGCUGCAGAGAUAACAGCGAGUGUAAAAGACCUCCCAGGACUCAAGACACCAGUUGGCAGAGGAAGAGCCUGGCUCCGGUUGGCAUUGAUGCAAAAGAAGCUUUCUGAGUAUAUGAAAGCCUUGAUCAAUAAGAAGGAGCUUCUCAGUGAGUUCUAUGAAGCCAAUGCCCUCAUGAUGGAAGAAGAAGGAGCUAUUAUCGCUGGUCUCCUGGUGGGUCUGAAUGUCAUCGAUGCCAAUUUCUGCAUGAAAGGAGAAGACCUGGACUCUCAGGUUGGAGUUAUAGAUUUUUCGAUGUAUCUCAAAGAUGGAAACAGCAGUAAAGGUAGUGAAGGGGAUGGACAGAUUACUGCGAUUCUAGACCAGAAGAACUAUGUAGAAGAACUCAACAGACAUCUGAAUGCAACUGUAAACAACCUUCAGACAAAAGUAGAUCUGUUAGAAAAAUCCAACACUAAAUUGACAGAAGAACUUGCCGUUGCGAACAACAGAAUUAUUACCUUACAAGAAGAAAUGGAACGAGUUAAAGAAGAAAGCUCCUAUCUACUGGAAUCCAAUCGGAAGGGUCCUAAACAAGACAGAACUGCAGAAGGGCAAGCGCUGAGCGAAGCCAGAAAGCAUCUGAAGGAGGAGACACAGUUACGAUUGGAUGUCGAAAAGGAGCUGGAGCAGCAGAUCAGCAUGAGGCAGGAGAUGGAGCUGGCUAUGAAGAUGCUGGAGAGGGAUGUCUGUGAGAAGCAGGAUGCCCUGGUGUCUCUGCGGCAGCAGCUGGACGACCUCCGGGCUCUUAAGCAUGAGCUCGCCUUUAAACUGCAGAGUUCAGACCUAGGGGUGAAACAGAAAAGUGAAUUGAACAGUCGCCUGGAGGAAAAGACCAAUCAGAUGGCUGCCACCAUCAAACGGCUGGAGCAAAGUGAAAAAGAUUUGGUGAAACAGGCAAAGACCUUAAAUAGUGCAGCAAAUAAACUGAUCCCAAAGCAUCAUUAAACGUUUUGCAGUUGGUCACCUCAUGAGUCUGAUGUUACAGAUUAACUAUAAAAGGAAGAAAUCUGAAAUUCCUACAUUUAAGCUCUGACUCUAUAUAAAAUAUCACCAAAAAUUGACCUUGAAUUUGUUGGACUUAAAAACACAAUAGAUGGUUACAUAGGUCGGGUGGUGUGGUUGCUGCUGUUUUUCCCCUCCCGCACCCCAGAGUUAGAAAUUUUGGUAUGAAUUCCUCAUUAAAUACCAAAUAAACUUUGAGAAAUAUUUCUGAGUUGAACAGUAAAUCAAAAGACCAUUUCUAGGAAGCCUGGGGACAGAAGCACUGCCUGUGCUUGCUAGUGAUAACACUCUGUCGGCGGGCCUCUGCCCGCACCAGCGAACCUGGUGACCCGGGGCUCUUCUAAAGUAGCCCUGCCUCUUAGGCCAUGACCCCUCUUCUCUUGACUUCUGUAGGUUCAAUCAACCCCCAGCCCAAGAUAAGGAUUUAGUAUUUCAUUACAGUUCUGUUCUCAGUUACCAAGAUUGCUUGCAGUUUAUUUCUGCCUUAGUGAUGUUGGACAAGAAGAAAAACAGCAUCCUUACAUUUCUUUAGAACGUAGAAACAAAGUAGUGAUUAGGUAGCUCUUACCAUCACAGCGUGGAAGCUUGAGAGACCCCUCUAACACCGCCCUCUUCUACCUCUGCCCUUCUCCGACAUCCCACUUACUACCUAGGUAGCUCAGAGAGAACGUCAAUACAAAUGCGACGUUCACAUCUGCUCUGCAGCCCUGCUGGACUCCAUGAGGCCACAGUGGAAUCCUGCCUGUUGUCCUCCCCUGCAGCACUUGCCCACGAGCUUCGAUCACUUUUUCUGUAAUGAGAAUUUGCUAAACGUUCUGGGAAACUAUUAAUCUAGUUAAUAAAAUAAAAGAAAUCCAAAUGAGAAAUGAAUAAUACACUGGCAUUAUUGUUUAAUAUCAAAAUAAAGAUCCUCAAUAGCCACGAGCAAUACUAGCAGGGCCUUUUCUAAGUGACCACAGAUCUAACCCUUUCUAGGCUCUACAUUGUAAAUAAUUCUAUAAAUACUUUGAUUUUAAAAAAGAACUAUUUUUGAUUUGGGGAGGCAGGCUUUUAUAAUCAUGAGCCUUUACUCCGCCCAGCGAUAUUCGCACAAGGCCCAUGUAGCAUAGCCUGUGCUGAGAGAGAGGCAAAGCUAACCCCUUUGCUUCCAGCUCUUCAAAAUCUUUUCCUUCUUGGCAAACCAGAAUUAAGAGUGCACCAGAGUUCAUGCAUUUCUAUAGGUCCUCACCAGGCCCGAGUUAGAGCCAACCUCAUGGAGGGUCCUGUGGCCCUGAACUCAUUUGAAUUCUUACAAUUUUGCACCUGCAUAAAUAAAGCGCCUACUGCGUUCUACCAUUCAUCAGCCUUUAACGGUGAUGAGUCGCUUUUUACCUGAGCAUCUAAAAGGAAGAAUCAAAUCAAUAAAAGUUAGACUAAACAUAGCAUGCCUCUAAAUUCUACUAUAGAAAGCCUCAAAUAUUUCACCCUCUAAAACAUGAUUCUUUAUAGGUGCAAAGUUAUAAGACAUUUAGAAGAAAGAAUACAUGAGAAUCUUCCAGAGAACACGGUCAGGAGUCUUAGGAACCCCAAUGCUGAGUUGUCUGCUUGGUCACAUACACCUGAUAGGAAUGGAAAGGAAAGAGGCAGCCAGACGUUCACAGUGUGUGUCCUUGUGGAGGUGAAGCCUGGGUAAGGUUGCUACAGAAUGUCCUCCGGCUUCCUGCAGCACAGGGAGGAUCAGGAAAUGGUGGUAAUCCCACGGGAGAGGGAGCUGUUCCUGCGUGCUCCGGCUGUAUGUAGAAGACAGUGUUAGGAAGGAAAGCCAGUGGCUUCAACAUCAAUUACUCUGUACCUGAGGGUGGCUCUGGAUAUGGAUUUCCAAAAGUGAUGUCUUGUUGUUGAUCAUCUAAUGGCUGUAAACUGUAGUACUAGAAUAAAAAAAAAAAAAAAAUAGAAAAUCGGCUUCUCUUCU